AAGAUUCCACGCUUAUUGGGCUUUGAAAUUCCGGCUUACCAUCUCUCACAAUUCAACCAACCAUGGAUUCAAUUGGAGUACUCAUGGCUUGUCCCAUGAACUCUUACCUCGAACAACAACUCGAUAAGCGUUUCAAGCUCUUCAGGUUCUGGACGGUGCCGGACAAAUCAUUGUUUCUGGCUUCUAACAAAGAUUCAAUCCAGGCGGUCGUCGGCAACGCCUCUGCCGGUGCCGAUGCUGAGCUCGUCGAGGCGUUGCCCAAGCUGGAGAUUGUUGCCAGCUUCAGUGUUGGGCUUGAUAAGAUUGAUUUGGCAAAAUGUAAAGAAAAGGGUAUCAGAGUUACCAACACCCCUGACGUUUUGACUGAAGACGUGGCAGAUUUGGCGAUUGGGUUGAUGUUGGCGGUGUUGAGGAAGCUUUGUGAGAGUGAUCGGUACGUGAGGAGUGGCAAGUGGAAGAAAGGGGACUACGUGUUGACUACUAAGUUCACUGGGAAAGAAGUUGGCAUUAUCGGUCUGGGAAGGAUUGGCAUGGCAAUUGCGAAGAGAGCUGAAGCAUUUAGCUGCCCCAUCAGUUACUACUCAAGAACCAAGAAACCCGAAAUCAAUUACAAAUACUAUCCGAGUGUUGUCGAGCUGGCUGCCCAUUGUGAUAUCUUGGUUGUUGCUUGUCCACUGACUAAAGAGACCCACCACAUUGUCAACAGGGAUGUCAUCAAUGCAUUGGGUCCAAAGGGUGUUCUCAUCAACAUCGGGAGAGGCCCCCAUGUCGAUGAACCCGAGCUGGUCUCUGCAUUAGUUGAACACCGAUUAGGAGGUGCAGGGCUGGACGUGUUUGAAAACGAACCCUAUGUACCAGAAGAGCUUUUUGGGCUUGAUAAUGUGGUUCUCUUACCUCAUGUGGGGAGCGGUACGGUGGAAACCCGGGAAGCUAUGGCUGAUCUUGUGAUUGGGAACUUGGAGGCACACUUUCAGAAGAAACCACUGUUAACUCCUGUGGUUUAAUGGUGCCAAUGUUAGUUAAUCGCCAACUUCAGAUUGCUGCUCUCAUUUGUAUUUUCAUGAUUUUAUGAACACUGAAUGGCAUAGAUUAUAUGUAGAUGAUUGUAAAACCCUUCUUCCUGUGGGGUGAAUGUUGUUUGGUUGCAAGUUGAA